GGGCAUGUGGAAAAUUGAACACCUUCAUCCACUUUCAAGUCAAGCCAUAAAGCCCUUCAAAUCCUUCAUUUCUAGAGAUAAUCUGCACGUAUAAAUUAUAACCAAAGUAGUCAUUGAAGUUAAUCAUAUCAGCCAAUCCGUGCAAUACUGCCAACAAAGUCAAAAUAUGGAUAAAUUCUUCCUUGUUUUUUUACUUGGUUUGCUGAUAGUGGCUCAUGGAGUUGCAGGAAGUGUGUUAUGUGACAAAAUAGGCAUGCUAGAAGAACUUGGAAGUCUGGACGUAGAAGAAGAAGAAAAUGAGGUCGAGCUUUCUGAGAUCCCUUCAUGGAAUAGCGAACGUGGUGCCAAAGUUCUUGUGAAUGUAGAUAGCUUUGGUGCUGUUGGAAAUGGAGAAUCUGAUGAUACCCAGGCUUUCAAAAAAGCGUGGGAUGUAGCAUGCUCUACUCCAAAAUCUGUUUUCUUAGUUCCUCAAGGACGCCGUUACCUCAUUAAUGCAACGAGAUUCAAAGGUCCUUGUGCAGACAAGCUAAUUAUCCAGAUUGAUGGAACAAUUAUAGCACCGGAUGAGCCAAAGAACUGGGAUCCAAAUUUUCCACGGACUUGGCUUGAUUUUUCCAAGUUAGAUAAAGCUGUUUUUCAGGGACAUGGAGUUAUUGAUGGCUCAGGAAGUAAAUGGUGGGCAGCAUCUUGCAAGAAAAACAAGUCAAAUCCCUGCAAAGUUGCCCCAACAGCAUUAACCAUUGAUUCUAGCUCAGCUAUAAGGGUGAGAGGGCUAACUAUCCAGAAUAGCCAGCAAAUGAAUUUUGUCAUAUCCCGAUGUGAUGCGGUUCGAAUUAAUGGUGUGAAAGUGUCUGCACCAGGAGACAGCCCCAACACUGAUGGAAUUCACAUAAGUGAAUCAACAAAUGUUGUGCUCCAAAACAGCAGAAUUGGAACAGGGGAUGAUUGUGUGUCAAUUGUCAAUGCUAGCUCUAAUAUUAAAAUGAAGAGGAUCUAUUGUGGACCAGGACAUGGAAUUAGCAUUGGAAGCCUUGGGAAGGACAACUCCGCUGGCAUAGUCACUAAGGUGAUUCUGGAUACAGCAGUUCUUAAGGAAACUACCAAUGGUGUCAGGAUUAAAACUUGGCAGGGAGGUUCUGGUUAUGUUCGUGGGGUACGAUUUCAGAAUGUGAGGAUGGAUAACGUAUCAAACCCCAUAAUUAUAGAUCAGUUCUACUGUGACUCUCCAACGACUUGUCAAAUCCAGGAAUCAGCUGUGAACAUAAGCGAGAUCAUAUAUCAGAACAUCAGUGGGACAACAAAGAGCGCGAAGGCCAUUAAAUUUGACUGCAGCGACACGGUUCCAUGUAGCAGCUUAGUGCUCAGCAACGUUGACUUGGAGAAAGAGGAUGGCACAGUGGAGACAUACUGUCAUUCUGCUCAAGGCUUUGGAUGUGGGGUGGUUCAUCCUUCUGCAGAUUGCCUUAAUUCCGAUGACAAGAUUGCAGAACCAGUUAAAGAAGAUAUUCGUCACAGUGAAAUAUGAAUUGGAUUCUCUAUACAUACAUUAUAAUAAUCCUUUAUGAAGUUAACAGCAAGGAUUUGAUGGUGGAAGUUUGAGGUGAGAGAUAGUACAAAAAGGGAUGUUGCCUGUCAUUUACUUAGUUAAGAAUAGAAAAUAUUCUACGAUUUGUUCCUGAAAAAGAGAGCGCAUUGGCCAAUGACAAGAAGAUUGAAGAAAGAAAACAAGAUGCAUGUACAAUAUUAUGAUAUUGGUUGAGAUGUAUUUGAGUCUUAGCAUUAAGAUUGCUUCGUGUUUGUUGAUUUUUUAUCCACUCUCAUCUAUGAGAUUUGUGUAUUCGCUUAAUAUUAAAAUACAAAAAAUCAAGAUCAUACUA